AUGGAGAAGAUAUUGAGUAAUCCCCCGAAGGGACGUGCAGUCAACGCGAAUUGCAAACGCCGUAAAGCAAAGUGCAUAUUCGAAGGCGACGAAAAUAAGAUCCAGAUUACGAAAAGGCACUUCGCGGAAUUGAGACGCAGGACGGCUGAACUCGAGAAGGAGAACCGAGACUUGCAGCAACGGCUAUCGAGCAGUUCUAAAAGGACCCUGUCUAUGGAUCUCGUUGAUCAUGGAGGCUUGGUGAAUGAAGAGGCAAAUACCUGCAAUGGCUAUGCCUCCCCAGUCUCCGGACCCGGGUUUGAAGAUGCAAAAGUAUUCAACCCAUUAUCCACAGGGCAGCCCAAAUACGUGCGAGAUUUGGCGGGAAAUCCGCAUUACUUGGGACACACAUCGAACUGGUCGUUGACAAUCCGCCUGCUGCACCUCACCCUCACCCAUCAGGCUGGGCGGAACUGCCCCUUCCCCAGUGCAGCUCAGCAUAUAGAUGCCACAACCUAUGAGUUAGGAUGGAGCGGCCUGCGGGCAACUAUCAUGCCGGAUAUUAGAGAGCUUCCGUCGCUAGACUAUGCUCUUUUCCUGACUAAUGCUGUGAAGUUCCAUACUGGUCACAUAUUUCAUCUUUUCGAUGAACUAUCUUUUCUGACUCGGUUGCACGACUUCUACGGAAACCCAGUCCAGAAGAUUCACACAACGGGGUUAUGGUUCAUCCACUUCAGUGUCAUAAUGGCUCUCGGGAAAGCCUUCACCGGGACGAAGCGUCGAGACAGUGUUCCACCAGGCGCCAGUCUGUUCAUGAUGGCUCUUACGAUGCUCCCAGACUACUGUUAUCUGUGGAGACAUCCAAGCACAUCAGCGGAGUUACUUUGCUCAAUGGCCCUGUAUCUGCAGUCCAUUGAUUGGAGAACCUCUGCGCAUGACAUGGUUGGUUUUAUUCCUAUCCCUCUUUUAACGAGAGAUCAAGAUCGUGGUGUGGAGAUCUAUAGUUCAAUAGUACUGACCGAGACGGCACAGAUUGGGAGGGCGCUGCGAAUGUUGCUUGUUCAUGGGUACCACACCAACGUCCCUUCAGGGACUCUGGAUGAACACGAGACCCAACGGUCCCGGAAUAUUUGGUGGACGGUUUUCAUCAUUGAGCGUCAGUUUACAGUUCUAAUGGGGGUGCCCUUGGGAAUCAACGACGACGAGAUCAGCACCCCGCUACCGAACUGUCCAGACUCUCCCCACGGCAGCACUACGAUGGCUAUGCAUGUCAAGUUAUCUCAGGCACUUGGUCAAGUGAUGAAUACUCUGUAUCAGAAAGAGUGUCAGAUAGAUUCUCAUUUCGUCAGUAGCACGCAAAGGGUGCUGCGAUGUGUUGCCAAUCUCGCACUAGAACUCGCUGGCUACUUUCCAGUACCCAGUGAGGGAUCAGUGAAUGGUAUUUCGCGUGUUGCGGGAUAUAUGAAUCUUGUGUACCAACAGUGCAUCAUGUUAGCAACUCGCCCAUUUCUUUUCAGUCUCCUCGAAAAGCAACUUGGGUCUUCGGGCAUUGCGAUCCCAAUACCAGCCGCUAUAAAGUUACUCUUGCAAAUGUGUCUCGAGUCUGCCAAGAAAACAAUUGACAUACUGUGUGCUCUUCAGGAUCAGAGCUUACUUGGUAAGAUUAUUCUCAGUGGCAUUACUAUGUACGCCCCAUUUGACCUCUUUUCUUUAGAGACGUUUCUACCGUUCGAUCUUGAUAGUGCCGUCUCUGCUGGCCUAGUGGUCUAUAUGUCCACCCUCGUCAGCCUGCACUCAAUCGACGAUCACUCUCGUCUACGAGAUACACUGUUUGAUAUACUAGACCAUCUGAUCAGUGAGGGAAACCUCGUAGCUGUGGAUCACAAGAUGGCACUAGGACAGUUAGAAGGUCUAUUAAAAAGUCCCCAUGCACAAAUGAACGACGGCAGCCAUUGGCCGCGGCUUGAACAGGUCGAAAUCGUGGCGCGAGAACACGUGGACAGUAGUGAAACGGCUUUUGCAGAAGGGGCAUUUCAGACCAGAGGUGCUCCGGACAAUCAGGACGUGAAUACUGGUCUGAUGACCGGUUGUUCGGAGCCAGUGGGGCCAUAUGACUGGGAACAAGAGUUGAUCCCGACACAGCUGAUGACAGUGGUAGAUAUGUUGGACGGAAUUAAUGUGCUAGACUGGGCAAUAUUUCCUGAUAGUUCCAGUUCACAGGAUGGGCAAGAGGAUAACAUUAGU